UCGAGCAAAUAUGGCGGCUUCGCAAUAGAUGGAAAGCUUGAGCGAGCAAAAAUGAAAUGAUUUCACUUCAGUGUUAUUGUCCACAAUCGCAGCUGCAGAAAGGUUGUCAGUGUGAAUGUUUCUCAAGUAAAAUUGCGAAAAGCUUGUGAACUCUCAGGACAGCUGUGGAGAUCAUGUGAUCAUGUCAGUGUUGGGGAGUAGUAUAACUACAUUGAUCAGUAGCGUGACAGUAGAAACGGUCCUUAGGACUCCUAGGAAUGUCUUGUUUGGAGGAGAGUGCCAAAGUAGAGGAAAAUGACACCUCAAUGUCAAGAAACUCUCAGGACCUUUUGAAUAGCGAAACCUUCUGUGCAGAAGGAAGUACAUCAGGACCGUCGGUGCAUUGUCCUCAAGAGACUAUGGCACUGCUCGGUGACCAUGGAGACCUCCUGACCGCUGUUGGUUUUAUGGACUCCAUCUGCUCAGAUGGACCAGCCAAGGCUGCUUACGUCAAUGGAUCCACCUCACCCCAUAUCUCAGAUGACAUUUUGCUGGAUAUUUCAAAAAAUGUACCAGGAUUCCUUCCCAAAUCAUUGCAUGCUCAGAAUUCGGUCACAACCAAUGUCCACUUUGAAGGACCUGAUCCACUCAGAAAAGAGGGGGAAAUAACAAUCAGGCAAACAUUGACUGCGGAGGAUGUUGAGCAUAGGGGCAUAUGGGGCUUUGAUACAGAAUCUCCAGAAAGUUCAUUAGAUAAAUAUGAUGAUGGAAAUGACCUUAACUGGAAUCCCCAAAGAGAAUUUAUGAAGUUCCUGUGGGAUGAUGAUAAUGGUCUCGAAAUGGAGGGAAAACUGUCCCCUGUUCCUUCGCCCAUCAAUCAUAAAAGAAGAGUUCCUUCACCGGCUGGCCAUAAAAGAAGAAAACGUAAGGACAAACUGGUGUUAAAAGUUGAUCCUUCAGAGGACAUCUACCCUGAGUUAAAUUUUGAUUCAAAAAAAGAUCACCUGGGUGAAGGAAGCAAGAUAGAAUGCAGUCCUGUUAAGAAGACACGUUCCCCAAGGAAACCAUCCAAAUUACAGUCACCCAUUGUAAAACGUACCAAGUAUUUUAAUGGAGCUGCUGAGGCAGUCAAACACUUGUUUGCCAAACCAGCGAAACGGCCUAUUAGCAAGAGUCAAAAGAUGGGAUUAAUUAGAGAAACUUUGCCAUCAGACUCAUGUUCUAUUGAGGAACCUAUGUUUUUUCCAAGUAACAGUGAUUUUAAAGACAAAUCUCAAGAACACAUUCAAAUUACUUGUAAUACAGGCACAACUAGUUCAAAGCCAUUCAUAUGUAAGGAAUGUGGACAGUGUUACCAUGAUCAGAGUUCAUUGUUAAAUCACAUAAGUGUUCACCGGGACAAGCGACGAAAAAUUCAGAAAGAAAUUGAGUUGCAUCAAAUUAAAGAUGAAGGUAAAGAUGCCAAGUUGCAGUGCCCCCAGUGCACCUUUGGAACAAACUGUCCGAACACCUUUGUGCAGCAUGCUAAGACCCACGAGAAGGACAAGCGGUACUAUAGUUGUAAUAAGUGUGAUUUUGUCGAAAUGAAUGAAGUUGAACUGAGACGCCAUUUGCUUCAUAAACAUGGCAUCAGUGGGUCUGAUCUGACUGUUUGGAAAUCAGAUGGAUUUCAGGAGCGUAAAGUCAAUAAAUCAGCAUGUCCAAUUUCCUUACCCCGUUCUUUUCAAAGAAAAACUAAAAACAUCAUUGGAAAUCAUGUUGAAGCUUCAUGCCAACCACAGUUUAUAGAAGAACAGGCAUCCUCACAUUCCCUUGACUUUUCUGAUGAAGAACCAUCUCCAACUAACCAGUCAUUCUCUGUUUGCAAUGUUCUUACAUCAUGUGCGAAACCAACAGCAAGGUCGCCAAAAUUGUCAGUAAAGAUCCGAGCAUCAGACAAAAACAAAAGCUUGUCAUCCAAUGAGAAGUGUGAUCAUGUACGAAAGAAAAAAGUGUGGAUUAAUAAAGGUGUCCAAAGUCAAUCAAGACUUGACAAAUCAAUUCACACACUUUUAUCCAGAAAGAAACGUAGAAACCAGAGUGCCUCAGAAUGCAACACUCAUCAGGAUCCUGAUGGAAGCAGUACAAAAGAGUGUCUUGACAGUUCCCUUAUUUGCGAGACCACAUUUUCUGGAACAGGUGCUAGUUCGUCCCCCUUAAAGUAUCUGAAAAGAUCAGCUCAUAGGAACACUAAGGGAACUUCUAAGUCUGAUGAAAACAUUACUUGUUCAGAAGAUGUUGGCAACACCAACUAUAUGCAUAUAAGUUUGGAAAAGCAAACAUUGAAGAAGUCACCGUCCAAAAGGAAAAUGUCUACUCCAUUCCACAAUAUGCAGGGCCAAGAUAUCCUUUUAGAUUUCCCAAAAUGCAGACAAAAUUUGAAGAAACCUGAAACAUCCAAGAGAAAUAAAGAAAUAAUCAACAACGGUCAUUUUAUGUGUGAUUCCAAUGAUGAUCUUGGACCUGAAGAAUGUGAAAGUAGCGAGAAUGCUAAUGCACGUUUUGUUAAAAAACAGACUUCAUCUAUAAAAGCAAGUCUUGGUGCUUCAACUGGUCACUUUGGGAAAAACCACAGUUCCCCAAGAAUGCUUUCUGUCAAAGAUGAAUGCAAGGAUGAAGAAAUCUCGGAAGCAAUCACGGUUGUAAAGCGUGAACCGAGCUCAGAUGUUGAGACAGAUUUGAAGGCUUGUCCUUAUUGUCCUGCUGUAUUUGAGUCAGGAAUUAGCCUCUCUAAUCAUAUAAGAGGACAUUUGCACAGAGUGGGCCUAAAAGUACGAAAUUCUGCAGCGAAGGUGACUGAAAAAGUACCUCCAGUUCGACGACGAACACUACCACAAGUCAAAACAGAAGAGGAUACAUCCCAGACUGAUCGUCCAGCAGAGCUGAAAACAGACUGCCAACAGACAGAGCUCAUCUGUCCUCUCUGUAGGGAGUGGUUUGACACAAGGACCGGGCUGUCCAACCAUGUACGAGGCCACCUGAAGCGCCUGGGCAAACCCUCUUCCACGGCGUCCAAAUCUCCAGUGAUCAUAUUGAAAGAAUUGAUGCGUGACAAGAAACAGUUUCAGAUGAAGCUACAGGUUCUUGAGAAGAAGUGCCGCGCCACCAAUUCUUACCAUCCUAUUAGGUUGAGUAGCGGUUUAACCUUUGCUUCUACUGUCAAACGACAGAAAGAAGAGAGAGAGGAAAAGAAAAGGAUAGACAUUAGUAAAAGCUCACCACCAAGUGAUCUGAUUGGAAUUUUGAAGAAAAGAAGAGCCCAUGAAGAGACCAAAGCUAAGCACCCAUCCCACACAGCGAGAAAGGCUAUUCUUUUAUCUUCAGGCAGAGAUUGUGGCAUGGAGAUUCAACCUUUCAAAGCAGUGCCAAAUUCACUAGCAGAGAAAAGUGAACUCAAUAGAAAAGUGUGUGUGCACUGUAAUACCACAUUCCACAGUGGUGUUAGUCUCUCCAAUCAUUUGAGGGCAUAUGCACAUAGAAAGAAAAAAGCUCUUCUGGAUGGAACUACUUUUGACUGUAAGCUGAGAAAGCAAAGAUCAAGGUCUGGGUCGAAGAAGAAAAUGUACCCCCUGCUGCACACACCAGAAGAAAUCUAUAGACUUACUUGCAGGUUUUGUGAUCUAGUCUUCCAGGGCCCUUUGUCAGUGCAGGAGGACUGGAUAAAGCAUUUACAGAGGCACAUCAUGAAUACUGCUGUACCGCACACAGGGGCAGGGAUGGUGGAGGUCACCUCCUUCCCCAAGGACUCUUGCCCCAACUCAGUACCACAGGCACAACCUUCAGUGAUGCAAAUAUCCUCAUGAGCCCAGGAACACACAAAAUUUGUCCUUGGAAUAUCACUUGUAUGUAAAUUGUUUGGUUUUCAUUUGAAUUUUAUAUUGGCAUCAGUAAGGACUUCCAUUUUUUUUUUUUUUUUUUACUCUUAUUGAGGAUCCAUUGUUAUCACAGACCGCUUUUUAGAUAUUGUUACAUUGUGCUGUGUUCUACAUUGUCAAAGAACGUACAAACGGUGGGUGAAUAUGUUGAGAUUUCGGUGAAACCCACCAAAAAACAACCUUUACCUCAGAUCCUUCUCACACUGAGUUUAAUCUAAGGCAGAUUUAUACUCUACAAAAACUGAUAUAAAACUGUAUGUGGAUUUUAUAACAAGCCAUUUUAAUUUGAAAACCAACUUUUUUUUUUUUUUUUUUUUUUUGUCCCAUCCAUGGAUUUUAAAAGGUACACAUAUGAUGCAUAUGUGCUGAAAUGUAAGUCUAUAUAUAUUUACUUCAGAAGUUUGACUCAUGCCAACACACCAAUCAUUAGGUAAAUCAACCCAUUCUAUUGAUAUUAGCAGUUUUGAACAGUAUGCAUGUCAUAACUCCCUGUUUACACCAUUUCUGGUAACAUUUUGGUUUUUCAUUUAAUACCCUGUUUUGAUUUUAUCUUUAAUCUGUAAGUUUGCCAUGUGUGCAAAAAAAGAAAAAAAAAAAAAAAACAAAAAGAAACAUUAACUGUUACUUGUGUAGGCCAUUUUUUACGGUUCAAAUAUUUUUGUGUAUAAACCUUUUUAGGUAAUUUAUGUGAAAAAAUGUAAAUCACUAUAAACAAUUUUGCUGUUCAGAAUAAAAUGUUUUUGUCGUC